CUACCACCAGCUGCCAUUGAUCCUCUGGGUGUGCUAGGCCUCUGACCUUUACACAGCCUCUCUAGGAGGAUACUUCUAGACUUGACCCUAGAGCUCCACUUUUGCAAGGAAGACCCUGCAGCUCCACUACUUCAAGACUGAGUCUUUGGAUUCAGCACCUCUGUUUCUCACUGUGGUUCCUCCAGCAGUUCCAAAUGAGUCAGACUGUCAGAGACUUACCUAUUCAGUGACACAGGACCCAGGGCAGCCUUUUCAAAAGAAGACAGCUUUUAUUAGCCAACUGGAAUACAGUAUUUUAAGGCCCUUAGGUUAGAUUUGAAAAGCAAGGUUUACAUGCAUGUCCAUGCUCGCAACAUUACCUGCGUCUCUGACUCAUAGAUGUCCAGGAUUCCAUCUCUAUCUGCCCUCUUGGCCGACACACCAGAGACUUUCAAAACUAAAAGCGUAAGCUGCUAACGCUCUGUAGCUCCUAUUCUCUGUGUAUUGGCACAGAGCGGGACUUGCAACUCUCAGUCACCAGAGUGUUACAUAAGCAUGGAGUAUUAUUUCAUUUUCUUGUCCACCUUCUGUUGGAGAACCCUACUCGUUUACUAAGUUACUGACAAUUUUAGGGCCUGGGGAAUGUUAACCUAGCAUGCUUGCAGCUGUAAAUGCUGCCCCCAGCCCUUCCAUGCAGCUGUGUCUCCUGUCUGGGGUCUAUACAGCCCCACCAUGGGGCGGUGGGGGUGGUACAGCUGUGCUGGAGGAGCUGCUGGUGUGGGGCACUGGCUCCUGGGAGCAGCGGCCUCAUGUUCUGCUCCUUUCGCCGCUGCGGUUCCUGGAAGAGUCCUGCAGUUCAGCGGAUGCUGAUUUCUAUCUGCGGAUAUCCACACUAGCAGGUGAACCAAGGAAAUUUGACCCAAAGUUCAGAGGACCUAUUCACAACAGGCACUGUACGGAUGUUCUGUGCUGUGUAAUCUUCAUAGUCGUCAUUCUGGGUUACAUUGCAUUAGGAAUUCUGGCUUGGGUGCAUGGUGACCCCAGGAAGGUGGUCUAUCCGACUGACAGCUAUGGGCAGUUCUGCGGCCAGAAGGACACCAUAAAUGAGAACAAGACUAGUUUGUUUUACUUUAACAUUCUGAAAUGUGCGAGCCCAAUAGUGCUAAUAAACCUACAGUGCCCUACAACACAGCUUUGUGUCUCAAAGUGCCCAGACAGGUUUGCAACAUACAUAGACAUGCAAGGUUCCUACAGACAUAACAAAAGUUAUUGGGAAUACUACAGGCAGUUCUGCAAACCUGGUUUUAAUAAGCCUUGGAAGUCUGUUGCUCAAGUAAUCCGUGAUGAAGAUUGCCCUUCGAUGAUCAUUCCAAGCAGGCCUUUUCUUAAAAGAUGCUUUCCUGACUUCUCCACGAAGAAUGGAAUUCUGACAGUGGCAAAUCAGACGACAUUCAAAGAUGGAAGAGGGAAAACAAGAAAUGUAACUGAUCUCAGGGAAGCUGCAAAUGGUAUCAAUAAUGUCCUUGAUGCAAGAUCAGUUGGGAUGAAAAUUUUUGAAGACUAUGCCAGUUCCUGGCAUUGGAUUUUAAUUGGUCUGUUCAUUGCAAUGGUUGUGAGCCUGCUCUUCCUUGUGCUCCUGAGGUUCAUGGCGGGGGUCCUCUUCUGGAUUUUCAUCCUUGGCGUGAUUGGAAUUAUAGGAUAUGGUAUCUGGCAUUGUUACUGGGAGUAUGAUCAUCUUCAGGGAACACCUGGAUCUGACCUCACGAUCUAUGAUAUUGGCUUCCAGACUGACUUCAGAGUGUACCUGCAGCUGAGGCAAACAUGGUUAGCAUUUAUGAUAAUACUUUGUAUUGUGGAAGUCUUCAUCAUACUGAUGCUGAUCUUCCUGAGGAAUCGGAUCCGGAUUGCUAUUGCACUCUUGCAGGAAGGGAGUAGGGCUAUUGGCUAUAUAAUGUCCACAUUAUUCUACCCCAUUAUCACCUUCGUUCUCAUUGCAAUCUGUAUUUCCUAUUGGGCAGUGACAGCUGUUUUCCUGUCUACAUCAGGGGAACCUGUGUAUAAAGUAAUGGCUAAUCAAACACUGUGCAAGUAUGCAAACCUGACCUGUGACCCAGAGACUUUUAACACAACCAAUGUGACCAAAUUAUGUGUUGGUGCUCAGUGUACUUUUGCUUUCUAUGGGGGAGAAGGCUUCUAUCACAAAUACAUCUUCAUCUUUCAACUCUCCAAUGCUUUUGUCUUUCUGUGGCUGGUAAACUUUGCAAUUGCACUGGGUCAGUGUACCCUUGCUGGUGCCUUUGCCUCUUACUACUGGGCCUUUAGAAAGCCUGCUGAUAUUCCAACAUGCCCACUCUUUUCUUCAUUUGGACGAGCAAUACGAUAUCACACAGGUUCACUAGCAUUUGGAUCAUUAAUUCUUGCAAUAGUCCAGUUGAUUAGAAUAAUGUUGGAGUACCUGGAUCACAAGCUGAAAGGUACACAGAACUCCUUUACGAGAUUUCUGCUCUGUUGCCUCAAAUGCUGUUUUUGGUGUUUGGAAAAAUUCAUAAAGUUCAUAAACAGAAAUGCCUACAUCAUGAUUGCGAUAUAUGGAAAAAACUUCUGCACCUCAGCAAAGGAAGCGUUCUUUCUGCUAAUGCGGAACGUGGUGAGAGUUGCUGUGCUGGACAAAGUUACAGAUUUCUUGUUGUUCCUUGGGAAACUUCUCGUUGCUGGUGGUGUAGGUGUUCUAGCCUUCUUUUUCUUCACACACAGAAUACCAGUGUUCACACAAGAAACACCAACAUUAAAUUACUACUGGGUACCCCUGUUGACUGUCAUUAUUGGCUCUUACCUAAUUGCACAUGGGUUCUUCAGUGUCUAUGCAAUGUGCGUUGAUACGCUUUUCCUCUGCUUUUGUGAAGAUUUGGAAAGAAAUGAUGGAUCCACAGCAAAACCAUACUACAUGUCAGCUAGCCUGCACCGAAUUCUGGGAAAGAAGGAACUAAGCCCUAAGAAGGCAAUGGGAUAACUUAAAAAAAUUGCUGGAAAUCAAAACAAUGUCACUUUUAAGUGGGAUAUGUAUAAACUAGGCAAAAGUUAAAACUGUAAAUGAUGCUUCUGGUUGAUGGGUGAUUCUUUUUCUUUUUGCUUGUAUCUAAAAUCAUUAGCAAUUUGGUAACAUCUAACUAGAUAGGGAAAUGCUUAAACUAAGAGCUGUGAAACAAGGCCACGUUUUAGUUUAUAGAGUGCCUAUGAAAAAGGAAAAUGUAAAUUUGAAUCAUUUUUUAUCCAUAGCUAAUGGUGUUUUAAUAACUUUUGUAACACAGGUUGCUGUUUCAAAUGACAGCUGUUUUGAUAACAUUUCUUUUUUUAUAAGUGUAUCUUUGUAAACGAUAUUCAGGCAAUUUUUGAAAGCACUACAAUGUAACCUAAUUAGCCAUAAAAAUAGAUCAUGAGACUCUAGCAAACCAGCAGAUGGUACUAAAUUUGUAAAUAUGGUGCUAUGGUUGUAUUUUUACUGUACAAGCUGGUUGACAGCUAUUUAAACUGUGAUUAUAUAUGUACUAAUAGUUCCCUACAUAGAUCUUUUGAUCACCUCCAUUACAAAUCGUAUAGGUUAAUAAAUGAGAAAGAGUAUCACACAGGUUCAGUCUCAAAGAAAGUAGCUAGAGUAGACUACAGAUAAAACUGCUUUAUAGUGAAAUCUGUUAUAACAAAACUCCUAUUAGAACAGAAAUUGGGUUAAACAUUAACCUCCAUUGAAGGAGUGUUCCACUGUACUUGAAGAACAUGGUUUGUGGUUCCCGCAAACUUUCUAUUUCCAUCUGGUGCAAGAUGAAAUAUGUAUAGCUCUCAGCUGAUGUGAAUGGGAGAUGCCCUUGGAUUAGUAUCCCCUGUGCCUAAUGGUUCUAUGAUUUUAUUCUACAUGAUGUUGAGGUUGAGCUCCACCUGCAGUAUGAAAAGGAAAAACUGAAAUGCAGCCAUUUUCCUUAGAGGCAGGUCUUCAUGGCUCUAUAUAAGCUCCAAUUAAUUCUGAUUUCCUGUGUCCACCCAGGUGGGCUUACUCCCUAUUUCCACAGGCUGAAUGCAUUGUCUCUGUGAGACUCUCAGCUCCUGUUAGCCAAUGGAGUAAGUGGCCAGGGCUAGAAAUAAAAUCUGAGUCUCUCACCUGAUAAAGCAGAGCACUAACUAUUUAGACCAAGGAGCCAGGGUUUGUUUAGUGUAUGUUUAAAUCAUUAAAAUUGCAUGGUUAUAAAUGCAAAGACUAGUAGUAGCUUUAUACUGUUGGUGUAAUACAUAUUAGUAUUACACUAAGGGCUUAUCUACAUGGUGCCAGCAAAGCACACUAGAGUGGUGUGAUUUGUAAAGCAUUUUAAUGUGUUGCACCCUAACUGCCCUGUGUAGACCUGCUGAUACACUCUAAAAGGACUAUGUUAAGGCAAACUAAGUACCUUUUAGAGCACACCAGCAGGGUCUACACGGGGCUGUUAGAGUGUAAUACGUUAGAGGGUUUUAUAAAUCACACCCAUCUGGUGCUGUGUAGGCAAGCCCUGAAACCCAAAUUCUGCAAGCCUUCUGUGCAUGGAACUACCACUGAAGUCAAUGACAGUUCCACUUGUGCAGGGCUCACAGGAUCAACCCUACGUUUUAUCUGAGCGUAAUGAAGAGUAAUACAAAGAAUACAUGAUUACUGUAAGUAGGCGGAAUGGUGUAACCUUUCAAGGUGAUGUUACUUUUGUGAAUGGGGAUAAAAAUGCUUUAACCUAUUUAAAUACUAAUGUAGAAUAAUUAUUGUAAAGUUUAAAGGGGCCCAAUGGGCCAGUGUCCCAUGAGCAUCCAGAGAUCCAAAGCCAGUGAGGCUACGUUCUAGCUUUCAUGGGCUACAGAAUUUUGAAUUAAGUAUUCCAUGGCAGUCCACUUAACAGGAGUAGAAUUGGCAACAUCAUCCAGCUUUGUUGCUAUUACAGAAAUUGAGCUCCUGGAGUUCAAUGAGAACCUCAGCGUCAGAACACAGGAGCAAGUUCUUUUCCAGUUUGCUGAAGAUUCACUCAUAUGGGAAAGAAUUUUUAAGAGCCUAUACUUUGCUCUUUGGAGGACAGCUCCAUUUGGAAGGUCAACCAAGAAACAAGAGUUGGUAUAAUACAACAGAGAUUAAAGGAGGGCCUUCCUCCAUCCUGCACUUGGGUGAAUGGGAGGGCAGCAGCAAGUUCCCAUCAUGCCUAAGUAAUUUUGUUUAUUAAUACUAGCCAUAGGUUGAAUCAGUUGACUACAGGUGAGUUAUUCCACCCAUAUGUUUGGAGCAACUCCUGGGGAAUGGAAAGAUCUUGAGAUCACGUGGCCUAUACUUUCAAAAGUGACUAGCGCUUUUGAAGGCCUUAAUUUUUGAGUGUCCAUCUUGAGAUACUUUAAAGGAGCCUGGCUUUCAGAAAGUGCUGAACACCCGCUCUUUGAAAACCAGGCUCUUUUACAACGCUUUUCAGAUUGGGUAUCCAAAAAUUGAGAAGCAAAAAUACAAGGCUCUUUUGAAAAUUUAGGCUAGAAUGAACUGUUUGGGCUGUGUGCAAUCAUUCCAUCACCUGCUGAUCUGCUAUUCUGGAUCAGGCCCCAAUGUAAUAUAGGAUGGUACUGUAAUUAGUUUUCAUUAAUUGGCACCUAGAAAGGCUGAGCAGAGCCAUCUAUAGUUCUGCAGUGGACUGAAGAGUUUUACUGGGUGCUCUACUGAAAAAGCGUAUUUCUGAGUACAAUGCGCUUUUUGCCAUAUGAAUGUAACUGUAGAGUUUAAUAUGACAUAAUAAAAUAUGAAUAUGACAUAAUAGAAAUAGUAAUAAUAGUCAUAUGAUUAGUUUUUUUAAUAAACCUAUGCAUUUGCUAGAAGAAUUUCUAAAAGUUUUAAACUGAAUUGUUUAUAUACCAUAUAUAUAUAUAUAUAUAUAUAAAGUUCCUCCAUUCAUUACUAUUUUGUGAGAAUUAAUUUAGACUAUAAAUGAACAGUGUUUCUGAGAAGAGCAUUUAAAAGCCAUUUUUUAAAAUGAAGCAAUUAAGAGAACUGUGAAAAUGCAAAGCAAUAUUGGUUAAAUUCUGCAGUCAAUCAGCUGAAAUACUUUUUAAAAUUAUUUAAAAUUAAAAUUGGUAAAAGAGAACUGAAUAUUUUGGAAUUAUGUAGGCAGAAAUUAAUACAAAUAUUAAUUUGCAAAUUAAAUCAUGCUUUUAAAAGAAUGUUUAAGGUGGAUUAUUAUAAUGAUUCCUAACUAAUCCUUUAGGCCAAAUUCUGCCAAUUUAUGACCUACACAGUCCCAGUGAAUUCAGAGAAUUUGGCACUUUACUCUAUUAUUUGCUUUAACAUGAAGAUAAAACUUAAUUACUAUGUAUUUCCUCACUUUGGGGAAGUGGAAUAUUGGGCUAAGUAUGGUAUGUUAAGAUUGUUUAUUAUAUAGGUUUUGAUCCUACAGCCACUGAAGUCAGUGGGAAAAUUCCCAUUGAUUUUCAAAGGGUAGAGACAGACCCGUAUAGUGACAAAAGGCUGAUUAUUAUUCCAGCUGUUUACAGUGUAACAAAUGCCAAAACAUCAAGUAUUGACAUAAACCUAGAAAGCUAAGAGAGCCGUUGUGCAUUACGAGUUCAGUAGGUGGUGCUAUUACUUUUCUUAUUGUACUGCUUUGAUCAUUUACUUUGUGCCAUUCUUCCUCCUAGUGGAAGAUUUAGAAAGACAUGAUGGCUCUGCAGAAAGACCCUAUUAUAUGAGUAAAUCUCUCUUGAAGAUUUUGAACAAGCAGAAUG